CCGUUUGGUUGAAACUGAUAAAGUACUUAAAGCUCAAUCUAUCACAUGGCAAAAUCACACCCAGUUGGAAAAACCCAACCCAAAGUCUAAAGUAAACAGAGAAAAGAAAAUCUAGAAAAGAUGAACAGACAAGAUAUGGAGUGGUGUGUUUCGAUGCCAAAGGUUGAACUUCAUGCCCACCUCAAUGGUUCAGUUAGGAACUCUACUCUCCUAGAACUUGCAAGAGUUUUGGGUGAAAGGGGUAUCAUUGUUUUCUCUGAGGUGGAGAAUGUUAUAAUGAAAGAUGACCGUACUUUACAUGAAGUGUUCAAGCUGUUCGACCUAAUCCACAUUCUCACUACUGAUCACUCGACUGUUACAAGAAUUACUACAGAAGUUAUUGAAGAUUUUGCUUCUGAGAAUGUUGUAUAUCUAGAGCUUAGAACAACUCCUAAGAGAAAUGAUUCCAUAGGAAUGAGCAAACGUUCUUAUAUGGAAGCUGUGAUGGAGGGUUUAAAGGCUGUCAGUUCAGUUGAUGUUGAUUAUGCUCCUACUGGUUUGAAGACCAAUACAUUUAAUGGAACUACAAGAAAGAAGAUAUAUGUUAGGUUUCUUCUCAGUAUUGACCGCCGGGAGAGCACUGAAGCUGCCAUGGAAACUGUUAAGCUUGCACUGGAAAUGAGGGAUUUAGGGGUAAUCGGCAUUGAUCUCUCUGGAAAUCCAAUUGUGGGCAAUUGGGCUACAUUCUUGCCAGCAUUAAAGUAUGCCAGGGAGCAGGGUCUCUAUCUCACUCUUCACUGUGGAGAGGUACCUAACCAAGAGGAAAUCAAAGCAAUGAUAGACUUUCUUCCUCAGAGGAUUGGUCAUGCUUGUUGUUUUGAAGAGGAAAACUGGAAAAAGUUGAAAUCAUUGAAAAUCCCUGUUGAGAUUUGUUUGACAUCCAAUAUCAGGACGGAAACAAUUUCUUCAAUAGAUAUUCAUCAUUUUGUUGAUCUAUACAAAGCAAAACAUCCUUUGAUUCUGUGCACAGAUGAUUCUGGGGUUUUUUCUACCUGUCUUUCUGGGGAGUACUGUCUUGCGUCCUCUGCAUUUGGUCUUGGAAAGACUGAAAUGUUUCAGCUCGCUGAAAAUGCUAUUGAUUUUAUAUUUGCUGAUGAUGGAGUAAAGGAAGAUUUGAGAGCAACUUUUGAAGUAGCUGCAGAGAAGCUGGAUUUAUGAUUUGUAGCGGUUUCAUAAGCAUAAUUGUACUUCCUAAUUAUACUUUAUAGGCUAGUAUUAACAUUGUUGAUCCAGUUUCAGUUGUGAGCAUUUUGAUCUGUAAUUUCACCCUCUCCUCCUGUAUGGUGCAUUCAAUGAUCUUGAGAUUUUUAAGCCGGAGUAGACAAGCCAGUUUUUAGGCCAGUUUCAGCCUGAAGUCAUGGCCUUAUACUAGCCGGCCCUUACUAAAAUGCUGCCAUGCCAUUGGAAAGGGCAUAUGGCAUGGCUACAAUGAGAAGUGUAUGCCGAGACUCUUAACAUGAAGGAGUCUUUCUUGGCGUCAGUUGUAGAAUGGUGAGCAAACUAAUGGAAGCUGCUUGGUAUCAAGUUACUGGCUUGGUGAGAUACUUUUGGUUUUGGCAUGCCGGAAAUCUACCCUGUCCAACAAUCAUUAUUUGUCACUCUCGCUAGAAAACUAGGGGUUUUUGGCAUGGGAAAAAUAUUGCCAGCAUAAACGACGC